AUGUCCGAGUUUUCAAGAACGAAGAAACCAAAACUUGAAGAAUUAUACACUGUAACUGAACAAGAUAAACAAGAAGCUCAUGAACUCAUUCAAAAAUUAUAUGAAAAAUGUAGAGAAAAAGGAAAAUCACGAAAAACAGGUCAAAUUAGAAAAUCUGAUUACAUACAUCAACCUUCAGGACUAAAUAUUUCCUCAUGGAAAAUGAAUGAUUGGGAUUAUAAAAAAAGAGACGUUCUUACUCCUGCUAGGGGUUUGUUCACAAGACAGACAAACGAUAAUCGAUAUGAAAUUGUUAUCCGCGGAUACGAUAAAUUUUUCAACAUUGGCGAAGUAGAAAGAACAAAAUGGGAGUCUAUUCUUACAAACACAGUAAGUCCUUACGAAAUUACCGCGAAAGAAAACGGUUGUAUCAUUUUUAUUGCCGGACUUCCCAGUGGCAAUAUAUUAGUUACCAGUAAACAUUCAAUGGGUGAACUUCAAAACAAUCUUGUUGCACAUGCUUUGAAAGGUGAAGAGUGGCUUGACAAACAUUUGGACCAAGUAGGAAAAAGCAAGCGAGAUCUAGCAAGAUUUUUAUACACGAAUAGUUUAACUGCAGUAGCUGAACUCUGUGAUGAUUCUUUUGAAGAACAUGUAUUGCCGUAUACUUUUGAACGCAGUG